AUGUCGAGCCAGCCUCUCCUCCAGACUGCCCCGGGCAAGCGCAUCGCCCUGCCCACUCGCGUCGAGCCCAAGGUCUUCUUCGCUAACGAGCGUACCUUCCUCUCAUGGCUCAACUUCACCGUCAUCCUCGGCGGUCUGGCCGUCGGCUUGCUCAACUUUGGCGAUAAGGUUGGUCAGAUCAGCGCUGGCCUUUUCACGCUCGUCGCCAUGGCGGCCAUGAUCUACGCCCUCGUCACCUUUCACUGGCGCGCGAAGAGCAUCCGCCAGCGCGGUCAGGGCGGCUUCGACGACCGCUUCGGUCCCACGGUGCUGGCUCUUGCCCUGCUGGCCGCCGUCAUCGUCAACUUUGUCCUCCGUGUCACAAACUAA